AUGGCAGCCGAUACAACUGAUGCCAUAGUCUCUUUUGCUAUCAAGAAUGUAGAUGAAGAUCGUUGUAAAGAUUCCGAUGAAGGAAUAACGACUGAUGACCAGAUUAUGGAGGAUGUUAACGCUAGACGCUGGAAAUUGACCAAGUCUAACAUUAAAGAGCAUUGGAAUCGUGUUUUAACUGUUUUAAAUGGUAAAAAUUUAAUUGAAAAAUGGCUAACAUCCAUAACAAGCAAUGAAACAGUUAUGUCGACACUACAGGAAAGUCGUGAAGCUAGUGAAAGCGCUUUAAAACUUGCUAUUGAAGAUAAAGAUAAUCAACUCUUGGCCAGUAGCCGGCGAUUUGCUCAAGCGUUUAGAUCUGAUCGUGAUGUACAUCAAGUUGUGUCUCUAAUAAAAGAGAUCGAAGAAGAUCAAACUGUUCGGGAGUUAUUCCAAAAAUGUCAGAAGCAGUUUAAGGAUGUCAGCGAAUUAAAUGAUCAAGAAUUAGAAGAGAUUACGGAGUUAUUACGUCAGUUAGAAGCUAGUGAUAUCUUUAAAUUGUUAAAGGAAAAGGUGGAAAGAAUUAUCGAUAAAUAUUUUGAUAAACAAGUGUUUCAAGAUGGCGUUACAGUUGUUCGUAGCAUCAAGGAAAGCGAAGAACUAGCAGAGAUCCUAAGACAAGGAAAAAGCAUUCUUAGUCGUGAGGAUUCACAAAACAAUAUUCAUGAAGUCGUCAGGCUAGGUGAACAAUUAAUUGAUAAAGUACGUAAUACGGAUGCAGGUGCCAAUCUACUUAAAAAGCAAGAUGCGGCGUAUUCAUCAGUUACUGCUUUUGUGAAAGAUUCCCCAUUAAAAUCACCAAUAGAAGCACUGAAAAAAAAUGUAAACUUUCUAGAAGAAGUGAAAAUGGUAUUUAUACCUUGGAUUAAGGAUCAGUUAUUAUCAUUACGUUUACCGACGUUAACAGGGAAUAAAAGUACAAAAUUAGGCGAUGUCGAUUACGAAUUAAGUAAUAUCGUAUUAAGUGAAUUACGCUUACCUGUUGAUUGCUUGGAUAUAUCUUGGGACCACGAAUUAAUUAUUAAUGUAAAUAAUAUAGAAGCGGCUCUAAAUAAUUUCGAGUGGAAAUAUCGUAAGAGUACAUUCCCAAGAUUAAGGGUAGAAAUUGUAACUAGCGGCACGGGUGCAAGCUGGUUGUAUAAUGCUACUUUCUCUUGGUUUAGCGAAAGUAUUAAGGCAACUUAUGUAAAUAAAGUAGCUUUAAUUAAAGACAAAUUAAGUCGACAACGCAACUUGGGUGAUACUAAUCGCAGUAUAAGUGAAAGUGCAUUGCAUAGGCCAAAUUUUCAUCUAAAUAUUCCAUCGCCUCAGGUGGCUAAUAGCUCAUCUCAUACCAAUUUCCAAAACUCUCAUUCAACGUCAGCAUUGAAUGAAAGCCCUCUAGCUGAUGAUAAAUAUUAA